AAUCGUUCCUGCACUAUCUUCUUCUCUUUUUUCUUCUUCUGGUGGCAAACCGGAGUGAAAAGGAGCAAGAAUUUUUUGCUCCGGAGCAACAGGGAGUAACUUCCAUGUACUGGAACAAACCUAUUGUGAGUUAUAAAAACUGAAACUUUUGCAGUGUCCUAUUUUAAUAAUUUGGUCCGAACAGAAUAAAGUACACGUUCGAAAUCAGCAUUAUUACAUUUUUCAAACGUCAAGCUGUCGGAAGAACUUGGGCAAGAGUGUAGCAGAAAAUAAAAGACACCAAGAUGUCCGAAAGCGACUGGGAUACCGUGACUGUGUUGCGUAAAAAGGCCCCCAAAGCUUCCACGAUGAAGACUGAGUCGGCCGUGAAUUUGGCUCGUCGCCAGGGUAUUCCGGUAGAGACCAACCAAAAAUAUAACGCCGGCACAAAUAAGCAGCAUGUUGCAACAAAAAACACCGCUAAGUUGGAUCGGGAAAACGAAGAAUUAAAGCAUAAGACCGUUUCGCACGACAUUUCCAAAUUGAUCAUGCAGGGCCGCCAAGCAAAGGGACUCAGUCAAAAGGAUUUGGCCACGAAAAUAUGUGAAAAGCCCCAGAUCGUCAACGACUACGAGGCCGGCCGUGGCAUCCCGAAUCACAUGAUCCUGGGCAAGAUCGAACGAGUGAUUGGCAUAAAAUUACGGGGCAAGGAUAUCGGCACCCCGAUGGCGCCUCCCGGUAAGAAGUGAAGCCUGUCGGGAGGCAGAAACUAAAUAACACAUACUACACACAUUUAUAUUAACCCAAAACCAUACACGCGACUGCGGCAAGAGUAAGUGAAGCUAACCCAGAUAUUGACCCUUUUGUGGAAAUGGAUCAUUAAAGAAACAGCAACUAUAAUCACAGGAAAAAUCUUAAUAUUUGGAUGUUGAUUAGAAUGUUUGAAAAAGAGAUAAAAAUACACUACUUAACAAGUAAGAGGUAAUUAAAGCUCAAGAAAUUUUCUUUCUACGCAGUCACACACUUUGUAAAAACCGGUUCAUGAGCAUUUUGAAAAGAGAAAUAAAUUCAUUCAAAAUUGUUUGGUGAUGUGUUAGCUAGCAUUACCUGUGUUCAACAGUAUGGUGUAAUAUUCAUGUUUACGCAUUUUGCAUAUUAUAGUGGCCACAUUAGUUUAUCAGGAACCCUAUAACAUUCUUGUAGGAAAACGAAGCAUUAGUUUAGGAUUCACUCUCGCGUGAGCAAGCAUUAUUAUUGGGCAAAUGUUGGUGUUUGAGAUACAGAAGUCAUGUGAACACAUUCUUACCCAAAACGAUACAUAACGAGAAUUUCACUUCUCUCGUGUUUAUUGAGAAAAAUCUAAUGUUGAUCGUUUCUAUUGACUGAAAUAAACAUGCAUUUAUGAAAAGCAGGUUCACCAUUUCUUCAACUGAACAUAACGACUUUAACGUUGUUGAGCUCAUGUUUCUGGUGAUGAUCAACUAUUUUGAAUUUAACCAAAUUUACCUUUGCAAAUACUUCACAGUGGGCCAAUAAUCAAGAAAGACGAACCAGCAAUGGAAUGUAAAAGAAGCUGAUUGGAAACGGAAGUUUAAUAAAAAAUAAACGAAAAGUCUUUAACAUUCAUAUGGUUGUUCAGCGGCUAGCCUUCACAUGAGCUGCCCCAGCUAUGAUCGGGUAAGCAAAUACACGCUGAAUGCAUUUUGAGAUAGAUAUUUCAUCUCUGUGCUAUUGUUGAAUCCGUAAAAGAGCACCAAAAUUACUGUUUUGAUUCAAAUUGUUUUUACCAUAUCUUUAAAUAAAACUUACAGUGAAAGAAAAUA